AUGGCUUCUGCUAGCUCUAAUGUUCCUGUGGUUACUACUCCACCCACUUCAUCGACAGAACAACAACAACUCAUUUCUGUCCAUGCCGACACCCAACUACCCUUGAAGCUCACCCCCACCAGCUAUCCUUCUUGGAGGGCUCAGUUCGUUACUCUUCUCAUAGGAUAUGAUCUUAUGGGCUUCAUUGAUAGCACACAUUGUUGUCCGUCUCGCGGUGACCCUACUUUGCCCCCAUCUGCUGCCUAUUUGCUACGUCACAUUCAGUGUGGGAACGACUUCGAAGCCUAUAUGCCAACAGGUCUUGAACUCGUGUUGCAACUUAAGGAGGAUCUCACGCUGAUCCAGAGUGGCAGUCGAUCUGUCAAUGACUUUCUUCAAUUUGUGAAAGUGAUUGCAGAUGAAAUCACAGUGAUUAAUGCACCUCUUUCUGCAGAUGAUAUCACUCUUUAUGUCCUGAAUGGAUUUGGGUCAGACUUCAAGGACAUCGUGUCGCCCAUUCGAGCUAGAGAAAAAUCCUUUCAAUUUUGA